UUUAACGGAAGUUGUCGCCACAAGUGUACCAUAAGUCAAUACGUCAGACUCAGCGAGAAAAACGAGACGCAAAAAGCAGCUCGAGAAAUAUAUGACUGCUUUGGAAGGACAGCAAAAUCGGAGACAGGAAAGCUGCGUUCCUUGUUCAAUUUAGAAUAACAACCGAAAACAUUCUCUACAGAUACGAAGAAUAUGGAUAAUAGUAAACGGAAUGUUGUUGUAACAGGGUUUGAGCCAUUUGGAGCGCACACCAUUAAUGCCAGUUGGGUAGCAGUCCAGGAACUGAAAAGGCUGGGCUUGGGAAAGGACGUAGACCUGCAUGUGUAUGAGGUGCCUGUCGAGUACCAGGCAGUCCAGAGUUUGGUUCCGUCAUUAUGGAAGCAGUAUCAUCCCCAGUUAGUGGUCCAUGUUGGAGUCUCAGGUAUGGCCACCACCGUUACCUUGGAGAAAUGUGGCCGUAACCAUGGCUACAAGGGUCUGGACAACAGCCGCUUCUGUCCCCAUUCUCAGUGUUGCAUUGAGGGGGGUCCUGACUACAUUGACUCUGUUAUUGACAUGGAAUUGGUCUGCAAGAGAGUGACAGCCUCUGGCCUAGGUGUAGCAGUGUCCGUCUCAAAAGAUGCUGGCAGAUACCUCUGUGACUUCACCUACUACACCUCUCUGUACCUGAGCCAUGGGCGCUCAGCGUUUGUCCACGUGCCUCCCAUAGCAAAGCCUUAUAGUGGAGAGGACUUGGGUAGAGCCCUUCAAGCCAUCAUACAAGAGAUGCUGGACAUGCUAGACAGAGCCGAAGAGAAGAUCCACUGCCAGCACGUGCACUAAGUGACAUGCUAGACAGAGCCGAAGAGAAGAUCCACUGCCAGCACGUGCACUAAGUGACAUGCUAGACAGAGCUGAAGAGAAGAUCCACUGCCAGCACGUGCACUAAGUGACAUGCUAGACAGAGCUGAAGAGAAGAUCCACUGCCAGCACGUGCACUAAGUGACCGGCGAAAGCCAACUGCCUUUACCCCUUACACACAGGAGAUAUUAUGCAGUUAACCACAAAUAGCCCAAUAACGGUUUUGUUUUAUUACCUCUUCUGGUGCAAAUUAGGAAAUGGCAAUGAAACAGACACUUCCAGUUGACUUAUUCCAGAGAAAUGUUUUCACGUUCUUCGUUGAUGUUGCCUCAAGCACUUUACCUGGCCCAGCAGUUUUUUUUUAUCUUAGUGGUUAUGGAUAGAGGUGAGGUGAGUAAAGCUGAUCCAGGUCUAGUGUUUAGGUGUAACUUGAGCUUUCUCCACAUCCUCUCUAGAUAGCAAGAGUUGCUUCCGUGUUCUGGGGAAUUGAACUGGAAUUACUGGAAUUGACAGAAGGGAGCCACCUGCUUGCGUUAAGUGCUAUUCUUUUUGAAUCUGUUUUCAUGGUUUUGGCUCUUUAUCCAUACUUUCACUGUAAUCUCAGAAACAGUGUAUGGAAAAGCCCUUUUCUACAUCAACUCACUGUACAAGUUCCACAUUAUUUAUUGGGGUCUUUCCUUUUCCCUUUCAGUUAUUUUAAGGGGAAUUUCUGCCUUUGGUUGUUAAUCAUCAUCUUGAAGAGUUGUUUUUCUUACCAGCUUUUUCAUUGAAGUCUGAGGCAUCCACUUGUUGGUACUACUUAAGUCAUGCUAGUACUUCCUGGAUUGAUGUAUAUUAUGAAAUGGUGCUUUCAUAAUGUGUUUAGUUGGAUUUAUAUGUUCUGAAUGUACCUGAAACAUUUUCUGUAAAGCAUUAUUUAAAGAGAAACUCACAUUGUUUUUGCAUAUGUCCCCCGUUAGUUAUCUGAACAUUUUUGUUUGUUGUUUUUUUGCAAAACUUUCAAAUGCAAAAUGUUGCUCUUUUACAUUGAUAACUUAUUGUUUCUUGAGUCUUUUUUCUUUAUAAGAAGUUGUAAAUUUGCCUUCUUUUACUAAGGUAUCAAGGAAUGGGUUGGUUGUAUCAAUUAUUUUUUUGUCUGUUUGCCCAAUUUUGACUGGUAGCUGUUUGGUAUUGUUUGACAGAUACAGCAUUCGUUCAAUGAACUUCAUCAGAUCAGUAUGCUUAUCACAGUGAAAUGCCUUUUACUGUACUAGUGCACAGGAUGUAGGCAGCCAGGUGAGAAUUAGACCCUGUACUUGCAUUUCUAUAGCACUUUCAUUUUUACUUAAUCAAAUUGUUUUGGAUGUUUCAACUUUAUGAACAUCGGUGAGUAGGUUUAAUUUUGCUCAUGUUUUUAUUUGUCAUAAAUAACACUUUGUUUUCUGUAA